UUUAGGUGAUACGGAAAUAGCUAAACGUUGUUUGACGUUACCAUGAAUAUAUUAAUAGUGCUAUUAAGCUUGACGGCCUUGUCAGAAUGCAUUCCGAACAAAGACAUCCUUCCGAUAAAAUCCACAACCACGACAACAGAAAACUACGAAACGGCCGUAAUUAAAGAUUUCAUUAGAAAUAUAGAGAAGCUAUAUCCAACGCAGACAGAAAAACAAUCACAAACUAAUAAUGAAACAUCUUCUUCAAAUGAAGAAAUCACGGAUGAAUUGAUUGCUAGCGUGUUAAAGGAGCCCGACUCGGAAGCACCAUCUCCCGCUUCUUCAGACGACGAGAACUCUCCUCCAUCGUACUUGGAAAAAUGGCCUCCAACAACCACGAGUAACACUCCACCAAAACCAGUCCCUGGAAUCAUCAAACCACCAGUUAUGAAUUCUUUAAAUAAGAAAAUAGACUUAUUGGAUCCCUCUUAUGAUAACCUUGGAGGUUUUUCUACGCAGUCUUCAGUUUCACAAUAUAAAUUGCCCUCAGCUCAACAGGAACACAACGUGCCUUCAGCUCAACUGCAACGCAAAGUGCCUUCAGCUCAACUGCAACACAAAGUGCCUUCAGCUCAACUGCAACACAAAGUGCCUUCAGCUAAACAGAAACUUGAAUCGCCUCCAUCAUUUGAUUACGUUCUUAAGAAUAUCCCUCUUCCCUACAAUCCUUCUUCCUUCUACGACCAAGAAGAUCGAGCACAACCCGUGAUCCCACAGAAAGAAUAUCCAUAUUACUUACAUUCUUACAUACCUCAAGAAAUGUAUCCCAUUCAUUAUCAAAGUUUCCUGAUGCCUCAAGAACAACCACAAAGUAGUAAUUUACAUCAGGUCCACAACAUUCCCUUGAUUAACUAUGGUCGGGUUCCAUUUGCACCAAUGUAUGCGAAUUCUAAUGCUUAUUUCGGCCAACCCCAAUAUUUACCUUAUUUAAACCAGCCUCCUCAAAGCUACGGGACUCUAAGUCAUAUUGUAUCUUAUGUCCCCUCUCAUAUACCUCAGGAACAAUUUCAACCUACACAGUUUAAUGCCCCUCAAGGGGUUUCUUUCCAGCCCUCUGGAUAUAUGCCUUUGCAGCUCUCUGAAGAAGACAUCAUUUCCUUAAUCAGGAAAUUCGAAGACAAAUAUUCAUCUGGUGCCUAUUCGGUUUCUUUAAAUCCUCCAUCCAUCCCUGUUCAAAGUUAUAGUAACCAACCUAAACAUGGAUCAGUUGCAAGUAAUAGUGAGGAGGAUUUUAAGAGAUUAUUCCCUGUUAAAAGCCCGGCACCUUUGCCUUACUACAGAUAACCAAGAGCUUCGGUUACAUCACAUGGUUCCUAUUCUCCAGUUUCUAAAUUUAAGUAUUCGCAGUCACCUGUUUAAUUGUCGUAGCAAUCCAAGCAAUUUCCAUUGUAUGUAAGAUUAGUAGUCGUUAUCCUCUAGCUCUCAAGGGAACCAAAGGUAUUUAAUUCAGAUGCAAUAAUAAUAACUGUUCGUGUCGAACGAUGAAUUAUAAUAAUAAAUUGAGUUCAUCGGGGAUUUCAACAAUUCUCCAAUUCAUCCUCUGAGGAAAAUAAUAAUGAUCUAUCAUAAGAUUAUAAAUUGGUUUAAAGUAUUUUCAUUAUAGAACCUUCCUCACAUAAUUAUUGGGAUCGAUGGUUUAUUUUACAGAUUUAAUUAACUAUUUAAAAAGUGUUGAAAACCAUUCGAAAAUGGAUCCACGUUCAUAUCGUAUCUGUGCCAGAAAAAAGAUUCCAAAGUGGCCAUCAAUGUUCUUUAAUAUUAACUGUAUAUUUCUAUGAAUUUCACUGAUCCUAUAAUAUAUAAUUAUUAAUCCUAUAUUAUAAUAUUAUUCCGAAAAUUGUGAUUACAUUUUCUCAUCUCAAGAUUAUUUUUCACAUGGCAAAUUGAGGUUUUUUAAAUGUAACAACAAAAAGUUAUCUUGUAUUGUAAUAAAUAAAAAUAUGAUUUUUACUACAAACAUUUGUAAUUAUAUUUUCUGCAGUGCACAAAUAUUUUUGAUAUGUUGCAAUAUUCAAUAAUUUAAAAAAUUUGUAUUAUUUUUUAUAUAUGUUAUACAAGGCGUAAGAUUAUGAUUUUCCUCAAAGCUUGGUUUGAAAUGUGGAAAUCGUCAAACAUACGAAGAAAGUUUGGAAACAUAUGCUAUAGCUAAAUGUUUUCAAUGUUUCAUAAAUAAAUAUUUGUUAUAUCAUUAAAUAUACCAAGUUUCGGGAUCUAUGAAUUCAGAAUAUAUGUUUUCAAAUAUAAAAUGCUUGUAUAUCACAGCAUCUUUACCUUAAGAAUCCAACCUCUUCCCCUUAGAAUUAAUGAUUUUAUGUUAAAUUAUACUUUAUAAAAGGAGUUUGAUCUGAAUAAGUUUUUAUCCGUUUCCGCUCUACUUUAACAUCUCUCUGAAUGAAAACAUUGGAAGGAUAACUAAGAGCAAAUGUGAAUUUCAAUAAAAAAUAUUGCAGUUUUCCAAAUAAAAGGGCAAUUAGGUGGGAAAUAAAUAUUUGAUUCAUAUUAUACUUGUAAAUACAAUUAAAAUUACUUAAAAACAAAUUAUCCAAUUGAGGCGUUGUGGCCAUAAAAUUACUAAAUCCUGGAUUAAUAAAUGUUAAAUUAUUAAGAAAGGGGCUAUUUUUUGUCAUGUUAUUAAAAUUAUACAUUUUAUUCAUCUUAUCUUAGAUCACUAGCGGAUCCAGGAUUUAAUUUUGGGGGGGGGCUUCAGCCCGAAACCUUUUUUUUUCAUAAAAAUAACGAUAAUUACUUUGGAGAAACAGACAGAAACUAACUACCUAUAUGAAAUGGUGUUUAAGUUAUUCCUCAAGUACUUUUAAAUGUAAUUACACGAAAAAUAAUACUUUAAGAGGUAUUUUUUAAAUUUUUUUCCCAUAAAACAUGGUUAGAUUUUUCCAUUUUGGGGGGGGAGGGCUUCAGCCCGAAAGUCCCCCCCGUAGAUGCGCCGGUGUCUUAAAUAUUAUAUCAGGUAUUCAUUUAUGGAAUGGGGCAGCUCCUAAUUUUAUUAAAAUUAUAAUUGUAAGGAUUAUGUUAAUUAUAUUUGUAGAAGUUAAUAAUUUUAAUAAAUUAAUUGUAAUUA